AUGGCAGAUACAGAGGAAUAUUUCCCGCGUGGAGGAAAGAAGCCAACAACCACACAUUUUAAACAAAAUGCCAACUUUCUAGGCGCUACUGAAAAACGAGACAAGAAGAAGAAAAAAAUAAAGAAGAAGUCUGAAGGUGACGAUGGGUAUUUAUCGGAUGAGGGCUCGAAAGAAGUCAGUGAAUCUUUUAAGAAUUGUGCCUACGGUUUGAGUUAUAAGACUGUAAAGGAAGGAGUAUUGAUCUUGGGCAGGGUUAAGAAUGUCUUAGAAACAAAAGUAGUGAUUAGCCUGCCGUGCCGGAUGAUCGGAUCAGUCAUGGCUUGCCAUAUUAGUGAACCGUAUAACAAGCAGCUAGAAGCAUAUGUCAAUGAUAAGGUGGAUAGAGUAAUAGAGCUGGGUCAGAUGUUCCACAUAGGCCAGUAUGUAGCUGUCAAAGUCUUGGAAGUCAAGGAGCUAAGCAUCAUGCUCUCUAUGAUGCCACAACACGUCAAUGGUCAGAAGAAACACGCUGACUUACAUAAAGGCACUCUACUGCAAGCAGCAGUGACCUCAGAAGAAGACCAUGGAUAUGUCAUGGAUAUUGGUAUUCCUGAUAUCAGGGCAUUCCUGCCUAAGAAAAAUACUAACCCUGAAAUACAGCUAGAUGUUGGGGUGAUAACUUGGUGCAUUGUCAAGUCGCUGUCGGACGGCGGAGUGGUGACGUUGUCGAACGAGCUGGCAACAUUGCAGAACAGUUUGCAAAAACACAAGACUACAUCCCCACUACUGCCUGCUUCCAACCUUGAGUUCCACGUAGAUACGCCUUUAGACAACGGCAUCGAAGGCAGUGUGUUCGGCGAUACGACAGCUUAUAUUCAGCGCCAACACGCCGAGUCUGUUAAAGGAAAGAAACCAGCUCUUGGACAGAAGAUCCGCGCUCGCCUGCUCUACGUUAUGCCAACGCGAAACACUCCAUUCCUAACGAUGAAGAACAUCUUCGAGACUACAUAUCCUGACAUGGAGGUGGAGCAGAAACUUAAAGAUGGAGCUAUCGUCGAAGAAGCUAAGGUGUUGAAGAUAACAGGGAGGUCAAUACACUUCAGGCUGGGUGGAGACUGCUUCGGUACCAUGAGCUUGAAACGAAUCCAGGUAGACGAGGAAUUGACUGAUGAGGAGGUGGUGGCGAAGUCUUACCCUAUAGGUAGUACCCAUAAAGUACGAAUACUUUGCUACAACUAUUCGGACUACGUGUACUCUGUCUCCGACCAACCAGACCUGGUCGCCGAGAAGUAUUUCAACCACGCGCAGCUGAAGGUCGGCGAGUUGGUCGACGCUACCGUCAAAACUGUCUCUGAGAACCAUGUCUUAUUAAAUGUUGGCAGAGUAUCAGGUUACGUGUCGCAAGCGCACCUGUCUGAUUCAGGAAUUUUUAUCGAUCCCAAAAGAUCUUCCAACUCCAAACUGCCCAAGAAGAAAUUCAAGGUUGGUCAAGCUGUCACCGCACGUGUAUUAGUUGUAGACCCGGUCAAGCAAACCCUAUUCCUGACCCUUAAACCCUCGCUCCUAGCUCCAGAUCUUGAAAUUCUGAGCAGUUACAAACAGGUUGUGGUUGGAAAGGGGUAUACCGGAGUUAUUAAGACGAUUCGUGACUUUGUGGUGGUUUCGUUCUUCAACAACGUGACAGCCUUCGUGCCGAGAGCCUGUGUGACCAAGGAGCCCCUCGACAACAUCGCAGACGCAUUCCAUAUAGGACAGAUUGUAAACUGCACAAUAUUGAAAGUGGAUCCAUCAACUCAGAGGAUGACGGGCAGUCUUACCACUACACCUUUUUCACCUAAAAAGCGAGAAUCUCCUGCGAAACGUAAGCAAACAUCUACUGAAGAAGUGCCCAAUAAAAAACUUAAACUGGCUGAAGAAAAUCAAAAAACACAGAUAAAAGGCAAGAAGCAAGUAACACAAAAAGAGCUGGCUAGUGAGGAAAUAGAAAAUAAACAGAUACAGAAAAAAAUAAAGAAACAAGAACCACAGGCUGAUUCAACAGAUGACGAAGUGGAAGAAAUUGAAAUGAAACAGAAAAAAGGAAAGAAAAAUGUGCUACAAACUGAGACAGUUGUCGAAGAUAUUGGUAAGCCCAAAAAGAAAAAAACAAAGAAAGCAGAAUCACAACCAGCAACCACAGAUGAUGAGGUUGAAGAAGAAAAUGUGAAUAAGAAAAAGAAAAAAUUGAAAACGGAAAUUGAAAACGAAUGUAAAGAUACAACCAAAAAAGAAAAUAAAAAUAAAAAACGCAAACAAGAGUCUGUAGAUAUGGAAGAAUCUACAACAGAAACAGAUAUAGAAGUAACAAAAAAGAAUAAACAGAAGAAGAAACGCAAAGAUAAGGAAGAAACUAGAAUAUCAGAAGAGAGUGAUGCGAUAGAAACUGACAUUUAUGAAGACAGUGACCAAGUAUUAAGUCCGCAAGAGUUAGGCCUCAUAGAUUUAUCAGACUGUACCACAGCAAAACAAUUUAAAAAACGAGUAGUUUCAUUACUUAAAUCAAUAAAGAAUAGAACAAGGAGAAUAGACAAGAUAGAUACAAAACUAUCUAGGUUAGAAGAAAAAGGAUUGACAAUGGAAAAUAAAAAAUUUCACACAGCCAUGCACAAUGAAAAAAAUGUUUUAAAAGAAAGAAUUCAAAAAUUAUUUGAUGCAUUAAAUGUAGCUCAAGAGAAACUGAAAGAAUUUGAUAUUGUUGAUAAAGUAGAGUAUAAAAAGAAACAGAAAGAAAAUAAAAAAGAAAAUAGUGAAGUAGAAUCAUCUAAAGUGGGAAAGAAAGAAACAGAAAAUAAAACUUUACUUAAGAAGGUGGAUAUAAAAGUAGUUGAGAACUUAGAACCAGCUCUGGAAGUGGCCAGUAUUAAAGAUUUCUGGUCUGUAGGUGAGAGUAAUACGAAGAAUGUUCCAGAAGAAGAUUCUAGCAGCAGUGAAGAUGAGGAAACAGAACAACCAAAAAAGAAACGGAAGAAACUAACAGUAGCUGAGAAGCUGGCUAAAGUGAGAGAAGAAGAAGAGAGAGUGAGAGAAAUGGAGAGGAGGGCGAUUGAGAGCGAGUCGCAGCCGCGUUCUAGCGAACAGUUCGAACGGGCGCUCCUCGCCAAUCCUAACUGCAGCCAACUAUGGAUUGCUUAUAUGGCCUUCCACCUACAGGCUACGGAGCUGGAAAAGGCUCGCGCCGUGGGCCGUAAAGCGCUGAGCUCGAUCUUAUUCAGAGAAGAAGAAGAAAAGCUGAACGUCUGUCUCGCCAUGAUCAACUUCGAGAACAGAUUCGGAACCAAGGAAUCACAGCAGAAAAUAUUAGAAGAAUCUUUGCAAAUAAAUGAGCCGUUUAAGGUCCACUCCAAGCUUCUCGAUAUUUAUGUGGAGACCAGUAAGCAUCAGGAGUUAGUUGCGUUGGUGGAUCUCAUGAUGAGGAAGUAUAAGCGGGAUCCGAAUACCUACAUUAUGUGCGGAGCUGCAUGUUUUAAACUCGGAUUAGUCGACAAAGCUCGGCAGGUAAUGCAGAAAGCGAUUGCUGUCUUAGAAAAGAAAGAACAUGUUACAGUGCUGGUCCAGUUCGCACUGUUAGAACGGACGCAUGGUGCUCGAGAGCGUGCGGAGGCCUUAUUUGAGCAAAUACUGGCGGUGUACCCGCAGAGGGUGGACGUUUGUUCAUCGUACAUCGACAUGCUGAUCAAAAACGGAGACUUUGAUCAUGUCAGGCAAGUUAUGGAGCGAAUGACUUCACAAAAGUUGCCAGCAAGGAAAAUGAAAAUACUGUACAAAAAAUGGAUGGAAGUGGAGGAAAAACUUGGAGAGCAAAAUCAAGUAGAAAAAAUAAAACAGCAAGCUAUGAAGUACAUAGAAAAGGCUAAGUUUUAA